GAUGUCACGUCUGUCAGUUAACCACAAGUUAGAGACCAUUGUAUCAUUGGAUACGAAAACAAAAGAACUGAUUGUUGAAAUUGAAAACAUUAGUAAAGGAAUCAAUAAUACGAAAUCUUGUCGAGAAAAACUAGAUUGUUACCAAACUAGAAUUAGAGAGAAUCUCGUAACUAUUAAUUCGAUUUUGGAUGAAUUGCAAACGUUCGGACGUGAAACAAACAUUUCAUCUACAAACAGGACACUGUAUGAAGCAAUUGUUCAGAAUAAAAAACAACUCUUUACACUGCAGGAUCGAUAUCGUAAAGCUAUCUUUGCAGCCAAUUCAACUUUAGAAACUGUUGAAAAGGCUGAACUUACUAAUCGUUCGUCAAGAACUGAAAUCGGUAACAAGAUUUCUAAUUUAGAAGAACAAUAUCAAAAUUCAUUGGAACUUACUCAAGAUAUGACGAGGUAUGCUAGACUUCUAGCGGAAGAAGUUCAACGUGGAGCUGUUAAUGCUGAAUUACUUGAAAAUUCAUCAAAUAAAUUAAUCUCGAAUUAUUCUGAACUGAAAGAAAUGGCUGGACAUAUGAAUCAGUCGAAACAUUUAACAUCUUUAGCUCGUCGGCGUCGUUUUACAGAAAGAGUGCUUUUCUUUCUAGCAUUUUCAUUUUUCUUUUUAAGUUGUGGAACUAUAUUUUUACAUAGGAUACCUAUGGGACAUUGGUUUUUGCCAUCUAGUUAUUAG